AUGACCUAUAUUACUCUUCUCGCUAUUACCAAUCAAUUACCUCUGGAAACUCUUCGCAUUUGGUUAUUUAGCUCGCAAACAAGUGAAGAAACAUUCUGCGCAGCUCGAUCAAUGUCGGGAUCCUUUUCAUCGGUUUCCAUCAAGAGUGAAGCCGAAUCUGAUCCAAGUUUUCCUUUUCGAUUUCCUCGUCACCAAAAACAAAAGAAACUAGGAAGAAACUUCGCAGCUAAUGUACGCAUUUCUACGUCCCUUUCUAGCAAUGAAAUCAAACAAAUAGUUCAAUGUGCAUUUGCCGAUGCAUGCGCACUUGUAGCACCUCUAGGUAUCAAUACUUUAGACAAACAUGGAAAUCCAAUAACGCUGGAUGAAGUGAGUGUUAUCGUUAAAGCCCAUUUACAAAAGACAACAAGAAUUAAUGAUGACAGCCAAGAAGAAGCUUCAGAUUCCAGUUCAGAAUCAGAUAAUGAAGCGAGUGAUCGUAAAGCUGAGUACAGUGCAGCAUCAUCAGACUCUAAUAACGAUCAAGAAGAGUCUGAUUCAGAAUGCUUAUCGAACGUUAGCAACUGUACAUUUCGUGGUAUGCGCAUUUAUGACACCGUCAAACUCUCUCUUUCUCAGUCGUAUUUUAAAGUUUCAAUCAAUGGACAAACAAAAAUUUUACAUAAACAAACAACUUGCUGGUUGUUAAUGCAUGAUAAAACAACACUUUCAUCGGAUCGUACAACGCGUGUUAUGAACAAAUGA